AUAAAUGUCAAUUCGGCAGAUUCAGGCAUUACAUUACACUCAUGACACACAUUCAUAAACCCAUGCCCCAAACGUCCAUAAUCGUCCCACGGAUCCAUUUACCAUAGCUUAGAUUACAGAAUUGCAAGCCCGCUGACGCCGGCUCCCGUGAGUCGCGCUGUCAGCGGAGGGAAAUGCAUGACGUUAGAAAUACAAGAAAUAAGUCAGAUUCCGAACGCCGAGCGAGCAAGGCGAUUUUGAUAAAACCCUACUAUACCAGAACCAAAACAAUACACUCUCCCCCUCCCCGAACUCUACGCACCGAAGAACCAGCCAUGAACGCCACCGAGAACACCCCAGCUAAGGCGCACCAGAGAGCCGCUGCAUCAGCAGAGUCACCUCACGGAUUUCUCCGACGCCGAGGAACGGGAGUCCGCUGCCAAGGCGGACGAGGAAGCCGCCCGAAGCCAGCAGUAGCCGAAGAACCCCACACCUCCGAUGGGGACAUGUACGCAGAUAUGGAGCUAGACGCCGACGAGGCAGGGUCACCGUCAUUCGAAGAGGAGUUCGAAGAUGCCGGUUCUAGCCAGCACAGCUUCCCGGAACCAGAGACGCCAUCAUACGCGCCGAUGUUCGAACAGGAGUUUGAAGAUGCCGGUUAUCACCAGCGCCGCGAUCCCCGAACCGGCCGUGGCAUUUACCGCCCCGAGAGGGGGCUGGAGCGUUACACACCGAAACCAUACAACGCGUACUACGACGACGGGGAGAGCGAAGAGGAGGAACCCUACGGUCGGCAAUUCAUAGCCGAAACAGAGACCUUUCACCACACGGUCACGCCAUGGGGGUUACGCGUCACGCGUAACCACCAGAUGUCCGUAGACGUCUUUGUCCCUCCCGGCCGGAAUGUCAACGCGUUCUUGAGGACAUUCCGAGAAGCCGCGAAACCAAUCGACUACCGCUCCGAACCGGCCGUCCCAGCCAGGGCAAGCCCCCCGCACGCCGAAGCGCGACCGCCAACGCCCGCAUCGGAUCCUCCCCGAUGCCCCAAUCCUCCCGAAGAGUCGGCGGCGGCCACGCCCCCGCACGCCGAAGCGCGACCGCCAACGCCCGCAUCGGAUCCUCCCCGAUGCCCCAAUCCCCCAGAAGAGUCAGCGGCGACCACACCAACGCACGCCGAAGCGCCCCACGCGGAGGCAGCGCAAGGCCCUCCCACUGAAUGGCCCACCGGGGCUACAGAAGAGGGAAACGCCGCUCCGGUUCGACAAGCGGAGCUGACCGAACCGGAGGAGCAGUGGGAAACGGGGCCGGACAGCGGGUACCCCACCAUGACCCUACGGAGGGUAAAACAACCCGUUGCGGAGGAGACGGCGCCGACCCCCCAAACUGGGGAGUGGGAAGGACAAGACGAGUUGCUGGUGGACUGCGACUUGGAUGAAAUACUACGAUUUCUUCAAGACGAAUCUACGCGGGAGGGGCAAAGUCCAGCGGACUUCUCCCUGAUCGAAGAGCUGAACCAGCCCACCCAGUGGGGGGUAAUCGCGCUGGCAGAUUGGCAGGUGAACAUCCCAGGCCGGGCCCUACCGGCGGGCCUCAUCGAGGAGAUACACCAGCGGCUGCUGGAAGCGGAGAGGCUCCGUUUCCGAAGCUGGUCCUGGGAUCAGUGCUACCGGGUCCACAAGCGAUCCCGGGCCGCGCCUGUCUGCGUCGACCUCCUCCCAGAAGAAAGGGGGGGGGGGGGGGGGUGUAACGAACCUUAAGAAGGUUCGUCACAGCGCGCUACAUCGCGGGAUCGUCACCGCCUCAUUUUUCCCCUUUUUAUAUCUCCAGUUUCCCUUAAAUAUAUCGUUACUUAGCCUUAAGAACAGAGAAUGCAUACGAUAAAUGUACCACCAAUAAAGAAACUCAUUCCCCAUAUCGUUUCGCCUACCGUUUCACGACAGCCAAUCCCACAUACUCGUACCAACACAUUACCCCCACCUCUAACGAAAAGCUCCCGAAGCACUGACAAUUAGCCGGUAAGAACGCCCCCCACACCAACACAUUGCCACGCGUUUAGCCAUAAGCUCCCGAGACACGAACCGUUAGCCGGCGACAACUCCCCACCGGGCCAACACAUUACCCCCACCUCUAAACUUAAGCUCCCGAAGCACAGACUAGCCGAUAAGAACCCCCGCCCCUUCCCUUCGCG